AGAUACAAGCAGUCGGGAUCGCACUUUGGUUGGUUGCGCAACUUAAUGACCGCUUAUUUGUUUUAAAUAUUCCUUAAGUUUUUCUAAAAACAAUGUUGAAAAUUUUGUGUUUAAUAGUCGCUUCUGCACUCCUUAUUGAAGCUACACCCAUCGAUUCGCAGUUAGGGGAAGCUGCGAAAAACGGAAACUGGGAUGCCUUUAACUCUUUUUUGCGUCAAUUUACACAAAAUUCUUGGGUGCCAGCUCUAGCCGCUAAUGUCGAAGAUCUGAAACCAAGCGAUGGUACACAUGUCUACGGUCACGCUGUUUCUUCUUACAAGGAGUGGCAAAAUGACAACGGAAAAGUUUCAGAAACUGGUCGAGGAGAAGAGAUCAUCAACAAUGACGGUCAAAUAUCAAAACAUGAGUUCAAACCCUAAGUACAGAUCCUAUACAAUUAUAGAUAUAUACCUAGAGGCCCCUUAAUCUGUGAAAACUUAAAUUGUGAUUGACUAUUGAAAAAUUAACUAAACGGUACAUGAUUUUAUAAGAACUAUUAUCACCGAUAUUAGUUAUGAAUCUUGUUAAUUUACAAAUUUCAAAAAAUUAAAUAUAGAAUAUUUUAGAAUUAGUUUUGUGAUCAUUUAAAACUUUAGGAGCAUAUCAAAUAAAAAUUGUUAAUUUAAA